GUAUUAAUCCCCAUGGUAAUUCAGAAUUUGUGAUAGCGAAUUGCAAAUGUGUGUUUGUUAAUCCUCACCUCGGUAUAUUUUUUCCAUUGUUUUUUAGAGAAAGUGGGAGGGAGGGAGAAGUAGGAGCAGAGAGUGAGAGUGGAAGAGAGAGAGAGAGAGAGGAACAUCAAUGUGAGACACAAUUAUUGGUUGCCUCCCCCAUGCGCUCGGGUGGAGCCCGGAUGAACCUGCAACCCAGGUAUUCGCUUGACCGGAAUCCAAUCUGCGACCCACCCUUUGGCCCUUCGGCGUGAGGGUCGUCGCUUUAACCACGCAGCCACACCAGCCAGGGUAGCAAAUGUCUUGUUUUGAAAUUAAUUCCUGCAUUCUAAAGGAAAAAAUAAGCUUGGUUGCAGCACACCUACACUCUAGAUUAAUUCUGAUAGUAUACAUCUUCUUUGGACUUUGUAUGCUGACCCCCUCUGUCCCCUUGCUGUUGAUGCCAGUGUUUACUCAUCUUUCACUCAAGAAACCUUACUGCAGGAUAAAAUUGUCAAGUAAAGACGUUGGUGUGGAAAUUGAAACAACACAAAUAUUUUGACUGAGGCUUUGAUCAAGCAAAUGCUAAAAAGCCACGUAAAGAAGAUCCCUAACAGUCAUUUCUCAGCAGUUAUAUAGUCAACUGAUGUAACGAUGGUCCUAAUAUUAGGACGAAGACUAAACAGAGAGGAUCUCGGGGUGCGUGAUUCCCCAGCAACUAAGCGUAAAGUCUUUGAAAUGGACCCUAAAUCUCUGACAGGCCAUGAAUUUUUUGACUUCUCUUCAGGAUCAUCCCAUGCUGAAAACAUACUCCAGAUAUUUAAUGAAUUCCGAGAUAACCGAUUAUUCACAGAUGUUAUCAUUUGUGUGGAAGGGAAAGAAUUUCCUUGCCAUAGAGCUGUUCUAUCAGCCUGUAGUAGCUACUUCAGAGCUAUGUUUUGUAAUGACCACAGGGAAAGCCGAGAAAUGUUGGUUGAAAUCAAUGGUAUCUUAGCUGAAGCUAUGGAAUGCUUUCUGCAGUAUGUGUAUACUGGAAAGGUGAAGAUCACUACAGAGAAUGUACAAUAUAUCUUUGAAACAUCAAGCCUCUUUCAGAUCAGUGUUCUCCGUGAUGCAUGUGCCAAGUUCUUGGAGGAGCAACUUGAUCCUUGUAAUUGCUUAGGAAUUCAGCGCUUCGCUGACACCCAUUCACUCAAAACACUCUUCACAAAGUGCAAGACUUUUGCAUUACAGACUUUUGAGGAUGUGUCCCAGCAUGAGGAGUUUCUUGAGCUUGACAAAGAUGAACUUAUUGAUUAUAUUUGUAGUGACGAACUUGUUAUUAGUAAAGAGGAGAUGGUUUUUGAAGCUGUCAUGCGUUGGGUCUAUCGUGCUGUUGAUCUGAGAAGACCACUAUUACAUGAGCUCCUGACACAUGUGAGACUCCCUCUGUUGCAUCCCAACUACUUCGUUCAAACAGUUGAGGUGGACCAAUUGAUCCAGAAUUCUCCUGAGUGUUAUCAGUUGUUGCAUGAAGCAAGGCGGUACCACAUACUUGGGAAUGAAAUGAUGUCCCCAAGAACUAGGCCACGAAGGUCAACUGGCUAUUCUGAGGUGAUAGUUGUCGUUGGCGGCUGUGAACGAGUUGGAGGGUUUAAUCUUCCAUAUACUGAGUGCUAUGAUCCUGUGACAGGAGAAUGGAAGUCUUUGGCUAAGCUUCCAGAAUUUACCAAAUCAGAGUAUGCAGUGUGUGCACUAAGGAAUGACAUUCUUGUUUCAGGUGGAAGAAUCAAUGGCCGUGAUGUCUGGAUUUAUAAUUCACAGUUAAAUAUUUGGAUCAGAGUUGCUUCUCUAAACAAAGGCAGAUGGCGUCACAAAAUGGCUGUCCUCCUUGGUAAAGUAUAUGUUGUUGGAGGCUAUGAUGGACAGAACAGGCUUAGCAGCGUAGAAUGUUAUGAUUCCUUUUCAAAUCGAUGGACUGAAGUUGCUCCCCUUAAGGAAGCAGUGAGUUCUCCUGCUGUGACUAGCUGUGUAGGCAAACUGUUUGUGAUUGGUGGCGGACCUGAUGAUAAUACUUGUUCUGAUAAGGUUCAAUCUUAUGAUCCAGAAACCAAUUCUUGGCUACUUCGUGCAGCUAUCCCAAUUGCCAAGAGAUGUAUAACAGCUGUAUCCUUAAACAACUUGAUAUAUGUGGCUGGUGGACUGACCAAGGCAAUAUACUGUUACGAUCCAGUUGAAGAUUACUGGAUGCACGUACAGAAUACAUUCAGCCGGCAGGAAAACUGUGGUAUGUCUGUGUGUAAUGGUAAAAUAUAUAUCCUGGGUGGAAGACGGGAAAAUGGAGAAGCCACAGACACUAUUCUCUGUUACGAUCCUGCAACAAGCAUCAUCACAGGGGUAGCUGCAAUGCCCAGGCCAGUGUCCUAUCAUGGCUGUGUGACUAUCCAUAGAUACAAUGAGAAAUGCUUUAAGCUCUAACGCCAGGAUGCUUCACCCAAGAAGCCACACCGAUCCAAGAUGAGAGGUUUCAAAAGCUCCAGAGUGGGACCUUGGCAUAUCUCCUUUGUGCCAUAUGCACAAAAAGUAAAAAUAGUAAUUGUGGUGCCUUUCUCCCCAAAAUAUUAAUCUUUCAAACUGUAAUAAAGCCUUCCCUGUAAUUGGAAAACAAAGGGGUUUGGGUUGUUGUUGAAGAUAAUAGUGGUGUUGCUUGGGCUUUGAAAAUGCACCUUCGUAAAUAUUUGUGAGAAACCUAUGUGGGAUAGGAAAUUUCUGUCUGAUGACCUUGUAGGAAUUUGUGAUUGGUCUCUUCAUUUAUGUGUGUUAUCUGCAAGGCUGUAUAUUCCUUAUUUUGUCAUAUAGACAGAUAGAAAAUUGCAUGACUUAAGGCUUCAUUUAGGUUGAAUCAUGUAAUGCUUACAACACAUCCUAAGGAGGAAAAAUCAGUUUUCAAAAUCUUUGUCACUAAAAAUAUAUUCAAACUGAUUAAUUUUACUGAAAGGAUUUUUUUCUGUAAUUGAUAAAAAUGUGAUGACAGCAAUUUGAGUAAGAUACCAAAUUAUUACUUCAUGCUUAGAAUUGCUGUCUUAUAUUAAACGUAUUUUUGAGAAGAGGUUGGUAGAAGAUAGAAAAGCAGAUGCCGCUAAAAUGACAGGUUACUUUCUAAGGAAAAAUUAAGAUCCUUUGGAAGGAAAAUGACUCACUGUGCCUCUCAAAGUAUUUAGCAUAUCAUCUCUAAUGCCUCUUAAAGAGGUUCCUUUUCGUGAACCUGGCAAAGGAGUUGAAAUCCAUUUUGUAAUAUUAUCUUGUGAAAAGCAGGGACAGAUCUUCUCCCUAGCCCAGAAGGGUUUGACCUCAUUAAUAUGGUGCUUUGGGUGAGGACUUCUCCCCUGGUCAUCCUACUUUCAUGUGACCAGCUUAAGUCCUGGGAGUCUCUACAAUUAAGUUGUCUUUAAAGGAUAAACCAGGGCCCACCUAGCUCGGCCCAUUUUUCUUUUAAAAUUAACUGUCUGAGUAAACUAAUGGCAGUAGUUGCAGUCUUCUAAUCUCAUUUGGUACCAUUGUGUAAAUUAUUGAUCAAAAUUCCCAAGCUUCUAUACAACAAAUUGCCUUUGUCUAGUUUUACAACUCCAGUUUAUAAAACUUACUAGUAUUCAGGGAUGAACUUAAAAUUUCUUUCUAAGGCAAAUGGAGUAGCAGGAGCUACAGCAUAACUGACGGUUAUUUCUCAGUGGACCGGUGUAAUUCACAACAUUGUAGGGAUGUUGCGGGUCGCCUGCUAUGUUUCAGCUUCCCAGGCACUGUUGUCUUCUUACAUUAUAAUUAAUAUAGUCCUUGUCAUAGGAGCUAUGAUGCAAAUAUAUGAUUGGAGUGUCACCACAUUUCUGUUAAAACCAAGGUAGCAAUAAAAACUUAACAUUGAUAAACUUAUUUUUAUUAUCCUAGAGCAGUGAUGGCGAACCUAUGACAGGCGUGUCAGAGGGGUGACACGCGAACUCAUUUUUUUGGUUGAUUUUUCUUUGUUAAAUGGCAUUUAAAUAUAUAAAAUAAAUAUCAAAAAUAUAAGUCUUUGUUUUACUAUGGUUGCAAAUAUCAAAAAAUUUCUAUAUGUGACACGGCACCAGAGUUAAGUUAGGGUUUUUCAAAAUGCUGACACGCCGAGCUCAAAAGGUUCACCAUCACUGUCCUAGAGUGAUAACAGAGAUAUCAAAUAAAAUAUAUGGCAUCAACUUAAAUGCUUAGCUGGAAUCAGAAUUCUGAGGAAAACUCUAAAAAACUUACAAAUUUUUAGGGAAAUUUUACUUUUCAAAUCAUAAUUUUUAAUGAUAUAUACCUUUUUGUGGUAAUUAUCAGAGCAAUUCAGAAAAUAAUUUUCUGUCAUUUUAAUUGAAAAAUAAUUGCAUGUACUAUUAGGAUACUUGUUUUAAUUUUUGAGUAAAUAUCUACUUUUGCAUUAUAUCGUUUGUGUAGAUAGUGAAAUCUAUUUAGUUCAGAAAUUCUUUGCAGUAUAUGAGAUAAUGUAUGAGAAAAGUGUAAUUGCUGAGGAUUAUACAGAUGAUACUUGUUACUUCAUGUUUAUUUUUAAGAUCAUGCCCAUUCAUAAAUACAGACAUUUCACAUAAAAAAUAUUUUCUCAAGGUAACUUGUAUUCUGGUACUUUCAUCUAUUGUAAAAGUAUAUUAACUAUUGUAUUUUGAUAUUCAUUUAUUUUAAUAUCCAUAUGUUCAUUGUAGUAAUUUGAAAUGCAAUUCAAUAGAACAGAAUUUGUUUAAACAUAGACCUCAUACCAAUAUUGUUUAAUUUUUCUCUACAUAAUUAAAACUACAUCAAUUAAGUAUUCAAACCAAGAACUUAGUUAUACUAGGAAAUUAAAGAACUAUUUUUAAAGUUACCCAAAUGAUAUUUUAAUUUUGUUUAGUUAUUUAUCUGCCUUUACUGAUUCUUGGUAAAUGAUGGUAUUAGCAUUUUAAAAAAACAAAAAAUUUGAGGAUAUAAUUAGUAUAUAAAAAUGGAUAUAUCUACCAAAUUGGUCAGGUUAUAUUCAUACUGUCAUCACAUCAUUGGCAGAUUUUCUUUUGAUAGGUAAUGCUCAUAUAAGCCUUUGGGUUAGUAUAUAUGUAUAUACAUGUGUAUGUCUGUAGAGAAUAUGGUCAUGUACACACUUAUAUACUAGUACAAACACCAAGAGUUGUAUAAAUUUGUAAUGAUCAGGGAAAAAAAACACAUAAAUUAAAAAAUAAUUGACCUUAGUAAAUUCCAUUUCAGAAGAUUUUCUUAUUUGGGAAUUUCUAGAUUACUGUUUUACAUUUAAAAGUACAUGAUGAGCAUUAGUAUGAAUACUUGUAUAUAGCCAAAAUCUACAUAAUACAUAUGGUUUUACAAGGUCAGAAAACAAAAUGGAGGUGGAGAUGCAUUUGCUAAACCCACUCAGUGAGAAAGGGAAUUGAAAGUAUGUUUUGUGGAUCAACAGAAAAGUACAGUUUGUUUUUUUCAUGAACUUUAAUCCUUUUCCAUGUGUUCCUAUAUGUGAGUGAACAAUAGAGUGGUCUAAUUUUUACCACAGAAGACCUUCCUUUUCUACUCUAAUCUUCUCACUGACUUGACUGCACAGGUAUGAAUUGGUAGCCUGUUGGAUUUUAAAUAACCUUUUCUUCCCUAGAUAACUAAAAUAUAGAUAUUUACUCCAUUUAAACAGGUGUUUAAGAAAAAUGAUGUAAAUACUCAGGGAGGGUAUUAAGUUAUCAUUUUUGCUUAUUUGGGGGGUUCAAAGUGCCAUAACUAAAUAACCUUGAUUCUAGAGUAAAUUUAAUUUGGUUCGUGAUUCUAGAGUAAAUUUAAUUUGGUAAAGGGCUUCACACAUGGCAGUGGUUGAACAUUCAUUCUUUUGUAUUUAGGAAGAUGAAAAUGUUUUGUGGACUGAUACAUUUUCUCUUAGUGAAUAUGAAUUGUUUAUGUAUCUCUACUGUCAAAAACUCUUCUUGAAACUCAGGAAAGACAAAGAUUCAAUUAUACUACUUUUGUCAGUAUGCAAACCAGGUGUGUUAUGUAUGGUGUGUGUUUUUUCCUGUUGUCUGGAUAUGGCAAUAGAUAUUUUUUUUUUUUUUUUUAAUUUCAGAGAGGAACAGAAAGGGGGAGAGAGAGAGGAAAACAUCAGUGAUGAGAGGGAAUCAUUGGUCGGCUGCCUCCUGCACGCCCCACACUGGGGAUCAAGCCCACCACCCAGGCCUGUGCCCUGACCCGGAAUGGAACUGUGACCUCUUGGUUCAUAGGUGGAUGCUCAACCACUAAGCCACCCUGGCCAGGCAAUAGAUUUUAAUUGCUGUGAGAACCCAUACAUGAAAAGAAAGGGGUCAAGUUGUUCAUGUGUGCCUGUUGUGUCUUGAGAUAUAUAUGUGGAAAAGACAUCUACUCCAGACUGUAUUUUCAAAGAAUAAAAAUUGCUAUGUAUGUGGUGCCAUGUGAUAAGAUAAUGUCUGUUAAAGGCUUCCUGUGGACAGCCUUUAUUUUAGUAAACUCAAGACACCAGUUAACCUCAACAUAAUUUUGGCCUUAUUAGAAUUUGUUGUGCAUUAUAUUAAAAGCCAGGUUUACAUCACCUCAACCCAUUAUUCUUUUUAGUUAAGUAAAUAGAUUCACCAUAUCAUGUAACCAGAAUGGGGCAAUUUGUUUGACCUUUAAGGCAGUAGGUUUGACUAGCUAGCUAUACUUACACACCACUUGAGCCAGGAGUAUGAAUUGAGAAUUCCAGAGACAUUUUCAACAUACUUCAAACAUUUUAAAAUAUUUUAUAUAAAUGUUUUACAUUUGUGUGAUUGCCUAGAUAUUAAAUUUACUUAGUGCUAAAGAUAGUCAUCAUACAUAAUUCUUUUAAACAGCAUUAGUCAUAACUUAUUUUAUAUAUUAUUCCAAAGAAAAGAAUUUUAAUAUUUUUAAAAUGACUGCAUCUGAAUUUGUGCCUUGAGUUCUCCCAGCGCUAUUUCAACAUUUUUUCAAUCUAAAUAAAGCUUAAUCUUAGAAAAGUUUCAUAUUUGUUUACUAUAGAGUAAACCUCUUAAAUUUUUUUUUUUCAUUUCAGUCCUUGUUAAUUUUUUUAAUUAGCACCAACUGUGUGGUUGCUUGGCAGAAUGAGAAAGGUGGUUGGGUGUUUGGAGUAUUAUUAUAUUUUUUGUUUUGUUUGGGGGCUUUUUUGUUUUGUUUUGUUUUUAUACCAAGGUGCUUUUUAAGAUAUUCAGGAAAAAAACAUCAAUCUUACAUUGAAUAAUAAGCCCUUGUAAACAUCAUUUGCAAUAUCUACAUCCAAUGUCAAAAAAAUAAAUUUUAUUUUUGUUCCUUUAUGUACUGUUCUUUUCUCUCUCUCCUCUCUCUCUCACGCUCUCUCUCUCUCUCUCCCCCCCCCUCCUCUCUCUCUCUCUCUCUCUCUCUCUCUCUCUCUCUCUCUCUCUCUCUCUCUCUCUCUCUCUCCAGACUUUUUCAGUUAACUUUCUGGGAAAAGUUCUUACUCUUCCUCCACCCCCACCCCCCAUCACCCCUCCAUGGUUUCUUCAUUUAAAUUUUUGUUGAAGUUUCUGGAGCUAUCUGAGACAACACAAUUACAGAAUUUAACAGAAGUAUAAUAUGCUUUAGAACUUGUACAGAAUGACCAUAUGUCAUUUGCCUUUAAUUAGAGGCUCUAGAGUCUUCACAGUGGAGAAAAAAAGGCUUUGUAUUUCUUUGUUCUCAAUUCAAUUGUAGCACAUUAAUACUUACAUGUUUUGUUUAAAUAUAUUUUGUGUAUAGUAUUUUUUAAAAGUUGUAUCUAAUAAAAUGUCUUUUAACCAUUA